AUUGUUUUAUAACACAUAAAUUUUCAGUGAAUAUUCGUCGUAGGAACUUUAAAUUGUAAAUUACAAUGUUCUUUAUAAGCCCAGUUCAUAAAUUACUGAUAUGACAGAUCUCAGCUGAUGUGACAUUCUGAUUGCACCCGUGUACCAUGUGCCGGUCGCGGUGUGGCUUGGCAGAAAAGAAAACAAAAACAGUGCAAAAUAAAUCAAUAGGUAGUAUCAAUACUGAAUGAACUUUGAUGCGUACCAUAGCGUAGCAGUAGUUUUGUGUAUACAACAAAUAGAAUAUAUGUAGACACUAGGUCGUUUUAGUUUUAAGUAAAAUAAGGAAUAUACUAUUGAUUUAGUUACGACGCUCAACUCGAGCACGUUCUUCGCAACGAAGCCUUAUCAAAAUCAUGGAGGAAGAUUAUGAAGUUCUUGAAACAAAACUGACGCCUGAAAAUUUCUGGCGUUCAGUCAAUAUUUUUAUAACUAAACCUCACAUCAUUAAUAAGAAGUUAUGGGGUAGCAAAACACUUUUUCAUUUAAAGUGUAAACUACAUGAUGAUACGCGACAACUGCCGACAAUUUGCAGUAGUGUAAGUGACAACAUAUCAAGUGAGCCAUUAGAGGAGUAUUCACAACUUGUACUUAAAGAAUUGGGUGCUGAAAAGUGUGACUCUCAAGAUACUGAUAGUGAGAGCACUUUUGAAGUAAUACUUGCAGAAAUACUUCCCAAAAACUACACAGAGAAACAAGCAUAUCAACUUAUUUGUUUGGACAAAGAGAAAUGCAUUGUAACAUUCUACGAUGUUACACCUUUGGGUCAAGAACAGAAGUUGUGCCCUACUUUCACAUACACUGUAAAACUUGAAAAUGGUGAAAUAAAAAUAGCACCUGUUUUGGAAGGUGAAACUUCAAAACUAUAUAUAUGGUUAGCCAAGACACUUCUAACACAGCUUAUGAAAUGGGGAACAGAAAAAGAUCAUAAAAUCAUGAAUAAUAUCAAUCAAUCCUUGGCAUUAGUUUCCCAUACAAGGUAUUAUGAGAAAUAUAAUGAAUUGAAAGUGAAGUAUGGAAAGGAAAUGGUUAAGAUAUGGCCAGAAUGUACAGAUCCCCAGAAAUUUGUGUAUGAAGAUGUGGCCAUAGCAACAUACCUUCUGAUCCUCUGGGAGGCUGACACUACCAAGAAGGUUAAAACCUUUGUGGAUCUAGGAUGUGGGAAUGGACUACUUGUGUAUAUAUUGACUCAGGAAGGUCACAAUGGACUAGGAUUGGAUGUCAGGAAACGAAACAUCUGGAAUAUGUAUCCGCCUGAUGUGGUGUUAGAAGAAAGGACGAUAAGACCAUCAGAUGCUUCUUUGUUCCCUGAAAUGGACUACAUUAUUGGCAAUCAUUCUGAUGAACUUUCACCAUGGAUACCAGUCAUUGCUGCUAAGAGCUCAUACAAAUGCAAUUUCUUUUUACUACCCUGUUGUGCAUUUGAUUUUGAUGGAAGCAGGUAUCAGAGGCAAAAUGCAUAUAAAAGCCAAUACAGUGAUUAUUUAGACUUCAUACAAUGGUUGUGUAAAGAUCUUGGUUUCAAAGUAGAUAUGGAUAGGCUUAAAAUUCCAAGUACAAAGAGGAUUUGCUUAGUCAGCAGUGGCAGAAUUUACAAAGAAGAAGAAUACACAGAAUUUUCUCUUACAAUAGAUGAUAUAAUAAAACGACAUUCAAGUUUUGCAUCACAAGACACAUGUCUAGAAACAACAUUCAAAGCUCGAGAAGCUGUUGAAAAAGUACGAAAUUGUACCCAAGUUGAUAGAGAAGUUGUAAACUCUAUUGUUGAUACUAUAAGCAAAUAUUUGCUGGAGGGCUGUGACAGUUCUGACCCAAAAUGGAAUAUUGGUAAGACAGUUGAAAUCAACGAAAUAGUUCAGCUAAUACCUAAAGAACAAUUAUCUCUCUUGAAAUCAGAAUGUGGAGGGAUCCAAACCCUUCUCAAGAAUAAUCAUAACAUUUUCGAAGUCCAAAGUGGAAAGGUUACAUUGAGGUAUCCAAAAACAAUUAAUGACGUAGGUUCCAACCCUAGAAAAAGAAAACACAGACAAACAACCCUGAAGAUUCAACAGAGACCUUGUUGGUUUUUUAAUAAUCAUCCACAAGGAUGUCCUUUGUCAGAAACAGUAUGCAGUUAUCUACAUGUAAAAAGUAACUAAAGCUAUGAAUAAAACAUUGUUUAAAAGAUUAAAAAAUAUAUUAUACUCAGUCCCAAAUAAAAUAAGUCCAUCAACCAAACUGUCCCUUAUAAACAUUUACUAGUUUAUAACAAUAAACUUAAACAUAAGCAGGUUGAGAACACCUAAAAAUAUU